UUUUUCAAGGUAAAAGUAAAAAAGACAGAACGGUAUUUCUUUCCUUCCUUUGGACCCCUUCACGCAACGACGAAUUCAUUUCCUUCUCCAUCUUCUUAUUUCUUUUGCUUAGCUUAGAACAGUCUCCAUUCCGAAUUCCACAUUCACCGAUAAUUGAAAAACAGAAAAGGUUCUGAAAAUGGGAGAUCAGAUGGCUCGAGGAGAGGAAUUCGAGAAGAAAGCUGAUAAGAAGCUUAGCGGUUGGGGCUUAUUUGGCUCCAAAUUUGAAGAUGCCGCUGAUCUCUUUGAAAAAGCUGCCAAUUCCUUCAAGCUUGCCAAAUCAUGGGAUAAAGCUGGAUCAACUUAUGUCAAGUUGGCUAACUGCCAUUUGAGGUUGGAUAGUAAACAUGAAGCUGCUCAAGCUUAUGUUGAUGCUGCUCACUGUUAUAAGAAAACAUCUACAAAUGAGGCAAUAUCUUGCUUAUGUCAAGCAGUAGAUUUAUUUUGCGAUAUAGGAAGAAUCAGUAUGGCUGCAAGAUAUUACAAGGAAAUCGCUGAAUUAUAUGAAUCAGAAGCAAAUAUUGAGAAAGCUAUUGACUUUUAUGAAAAGGCAGCUGAUUUCUUCCAAGGUGAAGAAGUAACAACUUCUGCCAACCAAUGCAAGCAGAAAGUAGCCCAAUUUGCUGCCCAACUAGAGCAAUACCAGAAGGCAAUUGAGAUUUAUGAAGAGAUAGCCCGUCACUCACUCAGUGUUAAUUUGCUUAAGUAUGGUGUUAAAGGUCAUCUUCUCAAUGCUGGCAUUUGCCACCUCUGCAAAGGCGAUGUUGUUUCUAUAACCAAUGCAUUAGAGCGAUAUCAGGAUAUGGAUCCAACUUUUUCAGGAAGUCGAGAAUACAGACUCCUAGCGGAUAUUGCUGCUGCCAUUGAUGAGGAAGAUGUUGCAAAGUUUACUGAUGUUGUCAAGGAAUUUGACAGCAUGACCCCAUUGGAUUCCUGGAAGACAACCCUUCUGUUGAGGGUGAAAGAGAAGCUGAAGGCUAAGGAAAUGGAGGAGGACGACCUUACAUAAAUUACAAUUUUCAACCUCUUGUUCUUAUGGUUUUUGGCCGAUGAUUGCAUUUGUAUUAUCUGUGUUAAGUUACAAUCAUUUACACUUUUCUGUCACUAAAUGUUUGUUGGUUGAGGUUUUAAUCAGAAUGUGUCGCCGUGCAAUUCUGGACA